AUGGCCGAUCUCCAGGGCGACAGUUACCUCUCCGAACAGAGCAAGGCCACGGGCCCUGCGAACCCGUUCACCGACCCGGGAACAAAUGACGCGCUUCUCGGAAUGGUCAAGGGUAAUCUCAUGAACUUUGUGCCGCAGACGUUGAUCUUGGCGUGGGUGAACUUCUUCUUCUCGGACUCCAUAGUGAUGAAGCUUCCAUUCCCCUUGACCAGCGGAUUUAAGGCGAUGUUGCAGAGCGGCGUCAACACGCCGGACUUGGAUGUGCGGUACGUGUCUGCCAUUUCGUGGUACUUUGUCAAUUUGGUCGGUCUUCGUCCCGUGUACUCGUUCAUCAUGAGCGACCCAGACAAGGCGCUGCAGCUAGUCAAUAGCCAGCAGCAACAGACGCCAGUCAUUUCUGGACCAGGCGCUCCUAAAAUGGAUAAGCUCUUCAAGGCUGAAGCCGAGAGCGUCCAGAUCGUGCUCCACGAGCCCGUGUACACCAACAUCGCCUCGAGGAUGUUGAAGAAGUACGAGCGCAAUUAG